CUUCGCGGGACUCAUUUCCGCCGAGGAGAGCAGAAAUCACAGAGAAAAGCAGAACCAGAGCAGCGGAAAAAAGGAACGGAUUCAACAAUGGCGUCACCGCCGUCUCCGACUUCGUCUUCGUGCAGCUCUUUGUUCUCGUCUUCAACGUCGUUGUCGUCGUCUAAGUUCUCUCAUCUCCCUGUGAUGGCGCUCAGGGGGAAAAUCGUUGAGAAAAUCAUGGAGAAUCGCGUCACGCUCAUUAUCGGCGAAACCGGCUGCGGGAAGAGCUCUCAGGUUCCACAAUUCCUCUUGGAAGAAAACUUGUCUCCCAUUUUAUGUACGCAGCCCAGGAGGUUUGCUGUUGUAGCUGUUGCUAAAAUGGUUGCAAAAUCUCGUAAUUGUGGAUUGGGUGGAGAGGUUGGAUACCAUAUUGGUCAUUCAAAGCACUUGUCAGAAAGAUCAAAGAUAGUUUUCAAAACUGCUGGAGUUUUGUUGGAUGAAAUGCGAGAUAAAGGGCUGAAUGCUCUCAAAUACAAGGUUAUUAUUCUUGAUGAAGUGCAUGAAAGAUCUGUUGAGUCCGACCUUGUUCUUGUUUGUGUGAAGCAGUUUCUGCUAAGGAGCAAAGACCUGAGGGUGGUCUUAAUGUCUGCAACUGCUGAUAUUACAAGAUACAGGGAAUACUUCAAUGACCUUGGUAGAGAUGAAAGAGUAGAAGUGCUGGCAAUCCCAAGCACAAACCAGAAAGCCAUUUUCCAGCGAAGGGUUUCAUAUCUUGAGCCGGUUGCCGACUUUCUUGGAAUAAGCUCAGAGUUAAUAUCAUCAUACUGUUCUGGUCCAAGCCCUUCCAUGGCAGAUGCUGAAAUUAAGCCUGAGCUGCACAAACUCAUUCAUGAUUUGGUGUUGCACAUUCAUAAAAAUGAGCCUGACAUCGAGAAGAGCAUUUUGGUUUUUCUUCCAACAUAUUAUGCCCUGGAGCAACAGUGGCAUCUUCUGAAGCCUUUCAGUUCAUCCUUUAAGGUUCACAUUUUACACCGUAGCAUCGACACAGAGCAAGCUCUUGCAGCUAUGAAAAUCUGGAGAACACAUCGUAAGGUAAUAUUGGCAACAAAUAUUGCAGAAUCAUCUGUGACAAUACCCCAAGUGGCCUAUGUCGUUGAUUCAUGCCGCUCUUUACAAGUCUUUUGGGACCAUGCAGGGAAAAAAGAUGCUACAGAGCUUGUUUGGAUUUCUAAGUCUCAGGCCAAGCAACGAGAAGGGAGAACUGGUAGAACAUGUGAUGGCCAUGUAUAUCGGUUAGUUACAAAAUCAUUUUUCAAUGAACUUGAGGAUCAUGAGCGUCCAGCUAUACUGAGGUUGUCAUUGAGACAACAAGUGCUACAGAUUUGCUGCGCUGAAUCCAAAAGUAUUAAUGAUCCCAAGGUCUUGUUGCGGAAAGCUCUGGACACACCAGAACCUGAAGUUGUUGUAGAUGCAUUGGAUAUGCUUGUUCAUUUGAAAGCACUAGUAAGAACAUCUCCAAGGGGCCGGUAUGAGCCUACAUUUUAUGGGCGGUUGCUUGCCAGUUUUUCAUUAUCCUUUGAUGCAGCUGUGGUUGUGCUCAAGUUUGGGGAAGUUGGAAUGUUGCGUGAAGGCAUUCUGCUAGGUCUAUUGAUGGAUACAGAACCUCGACCAAUUCUUCGUCCUUUUGGGAAUGAUCAUUUGUUUACAGAGUAUGUAAACCACUACUUUAGUGGAGAUAGUAACAACACCGUCCUAAAUGGCCGAAGGGAGGUUCAGUUAAUAGGAAACUUAUGUGCAUUCCAGUUUUGGCAACGUGUUUUUAAGGAUAAGCACCGUCUUGAGCAUUUGAAGCAACUUCUGAGGAUUGAUGAAGUGAAAGAGACAACACUAUUGCUAUCUAAGAUUGAAGAAGAAUGGUGCUCUUUCCACAAUCUUGUGCAGUCAUCAUUGCACCAUGUCUCUGAAAUCUAUGAAGAUAUACUAAACUCGGUGCACCGCUUUCGGCCUAAAUUUCUGGCUGAGUCCAAUGGUCUACCAAGCUACUAUUAUCCUUAUGAAUUUGAACACACCUGUCUUCUUCUAUGUCAGCCAUUUGGAGAAACAGAACUGCUUGCUGGAGACGAUGAACAUCUUGAGCAAUCUUUGGAAACAAGAAAGUGUUUUGCCAGACCAUUUGUUGCUUCCAAUCACUUUAAGGCCAAUGAUGUGGUUAGGAAGUUGUCAAAUACUGUAAAAGAGAUACGAACUCAAUAUGCAGAAGGCAUUUCUAGUAAUGGCAACACAAUUUUAGGCAAUGAUGACUCCUUUGACAACGGAGGUGCUCCUCAAUGUGUGUUUUUUGUCAAGGGAUGUUGCAAUAUGGGUAGCGAGUGCAGGUUUUCUCAUUGUCUUGAAGCAAAAAGACCUGCUUGCAAAUUCUUUUUCACUUUGCAGGGAUGUAGGAAUGGAGAAUCAUGUUCAUUUUCUCAUGAUCUUCAUCACCCUAUAACUUUACCUGGCACAACUACAUGCUUGCCAGAAGAUGGUCCUGCAAAUGCUACAUCCCUUCUGCAAUUACUGGCAGCAGCUGCAGAUGGAAGCUUUCUUUUGUUGGAUGACACUGAUUUGCAUUUCUCCGCAAACCUGGCCCACUUCUAUGAUCCUUUGAGAAUUAUCUCUACAUCUUGUCUGACAGAAACAUACAUAAAUGAUUCAUCAUUGGCUGGGGUCAGAAUCCACUGGGGCCUUCACCACCCUUACGAGACCAUCAUUUCCAAAGCAGGGGAAAAUCCUAUUCCUUGGAAUGAGGUCAAGCUUGUGCUUUGGUUUCCUAGUCUAGAUAGUUACAGUGAAAAUUUGGACAGACAGAAACUUCUUGUGCAAAAUUUCUUCGAGUAUCUAGCCAUCCGAAUACUGGGUGAUGCCCUCUAUGAGGUGAAGGUUGUCCUUACCGUUAACAACAUCAAAUUUUCACAAAUAGAGGUGGAAAGGUUAGCAAGAGAGAGCUUCUUCUUCCUUAUCAAGUCGUUCCCAUUUGAUGAAACAAGCUUUGGGGAAUUGUCAGAUAAAAUCACCAUUAACAAGCCAAUGAUACAAUCAAGGGCCGUCUCAUAUGUUUUCGACGUCCAUCCUCCUGCUGAUAUCCAGUUCGGUGAUUAUGCUGCCGUUCUUCACAAACGUCUACAUGAUAAUAAACCUUAAAACAUUUUAGGAGUUAUGGGUUUGUGAGCAUAAAUUCAUGGUAUAGAAUCUAUAGACGUAUUGAAGAAUUUUGUUUCUAUGUAAAUUCUGGAUGUUUUUGUUCUUGUUUUGUCUAAUGUAAAACUGAAAAUAAGGUAAAAGUUUACUC